AUGUUGAUUAGUGCAAUCACGUCGCAAUCAGUCGAACAAACCGAAUCUAACGAAGAAUCUAAAGAUUUUCGAAAAUUACGAGAUAAUGGUUUAUUAAUAGCAACAGUUUUACCAAAAACUCAAGAUCUAGACAAUUCCGCAGACUUGAAGAGGGUGAGAAGAUGGCCAUAUGAUGACGCCAGCUUAGGCGGCGGCGUGGGCGCCAGCUUAGGCGGCGGCGUGGGCGGCGGCGUGGGCGCCAGCUUAGGCGGCGGCGUGGGCGCCAGCUUAGGCGGCGGCGUGGGCACCAGCUUAGGCAGCGUGGUCGGCCGCGCGGUAGGCCAGUUGGGCACCAGCUUAGGCAGCGUGGUCGGCCGCGCGGUAGGCCAGUUGGACGCCAGCUUAGGCGGCGUGGGCGGCCGAGUGGUCGGCGAGUUGGACGCCAGCUUUGGCGCCGGCGUGAACGGCGGCGUGGGCGGCCGUCGUGUGGAUGACCGUGUGGGCGGCCACGUGGGUAGUUAUGGUGGUUAUGGAUCGGCAUAG